CUUCCCCGAAAACCCGACAUGUCGACAAGGCCUGGGCCAACUUCGGCCCUCCAUCCAGGUGUUUUCGACUUCCACUCCCACAAUUCCUAACAGCCAAGGAAUUGUGGGAGUUGGAGUCCAAAACACAUGGAUGGAGGGGCCGAACUUUUUCCCCUCCCGCAAUCGAGACUUCCAGGGCUGUUGUUUACCUCAACUUCCUUUGCUUCGCCCGGUGCCAACUCGCAGCGGAAGUUGUUGUAAUACGGGCCACGGCCUUAACUGCUUACAGCCCGGCUCUGUCCAUCUUUCCCACAGUUGAGAGGGUUGGGGUGGCUCUCACGCAGAGCAGGAUAGCUUUGGCUCUGAAGUAAAGCCUAUAGAUUAGGCCCAGCCUCCGGACUUACGAUUUCCAGAUAAGAGCUCAAGUUUCCUUUGAAUGGCCACAAAGGCUGAUGUGUUGCUGAUGCAGUAAGAGGCAUUCUUCUUUAGACCAGAGGAAAGACCAGUUUGGGUUUUCUUUGCAAUAAAAUACAUUCCUGCCAGUGUCUACCAUCGACUAAGAUUUUGUCCAAAACAUUAUCAUCAGUAAAUGUAAAUGUCAGACCCCAAAUGAUUUUAAGUACAUCACAAAAACUGACCAAUUCAGGGAAUGUUCUGAUUGGAAGUCCAUACAGUACAGCACCAGUCAUGGUCAUGCAGACACACAUCACAGAAGCAACAGGUUGGAUCCCAGGGGACCGAAAAAGAGGCCGAGACUUCAUGGAAUCAGAUUUUUCAGAAAGUAAGAGAAGCAAAAAAGAAGAUAAAAAUGGAAAAGGUCUAAGACAUUUUUCAAUGAAAGUAUGUGAAAAGGUGCAGUGUAAAGGAACAACAUCUUAUAAUGAAGUUGCAGAUGAAUUAGUAUCAGAGUUCACAAAUCCUAAUAAUCACAUAGCUACAGAUUCAGCUUAUGAUCAGAAGAAUAUUAGACGGAGAGUUUAUGAUGCACUCAAUGUGUUGAUGGCAAUGAACAUUAUUUCAAAAGAGAAAAAAGAAAUCAAAUGGAUAGGUCUUCCUACAAACUCAGCUCAGGAAUGUCAAAAGCUAGAGAUGGAAAGGCAAAAACGUAUAGAACGAAUAAGACAAAAGAGAACUCAGCUGGAAGAACUCCUAUUGCAGCAAAUUGCUUUCAAAAACUUAGUACAAAGAAAUCAGUACAGUGAACAAAAUACCCAGGGCCCUCCAGCAGUGAAUUCUACCAUUCAACUACCUUUUCUCAUAAUAAACACCAGCAAAAGAACAGUUAUAGAUUGCAGCAUCUCUUCUGACAAAUUUGAGUAUCUUUUUAAUUUUGAUAAUAUGUUUGAAAUCCAUAAUGACACUGAAAUACUGAAUCGAAUGGGAAUGUCAUUUGGCCUAGAGGCAGGCAAAUGCUCAUCAAAAGACCUAAGAACAGCUAAAUCACUAGUGCCUAAAGCUUUAGAAAAAUAUCUCACAGAUAUGUCUACAGGAAUUCGUUGGGUGAACCAGGAAUUAGUUUUGGAUUCAGCUCAAUCAGGUUCUACUUUGGGCACAGCUGGGGAUUCCACAGUUUUAAAGUCAAGUAGUGCAAAUCCGGGGCUAUGUCUGGAUGCUGAAGUGGGCUUAGCAGCAGAACAACUUCUAAUUCACGGCAGCCAGCAGUCCAGCAGUGCAACGUCCCAUUACUCAGAAUCAUGUGGUGAAACUCCUUGCUCCUUCAGUGAUGAGGAGGACUAAUCUUCACCACAAUAAAGACUCACCAAGGGAAAUGUGCUCUUGUGCACUAGUCAUGUGAGCUUACAUUCUGUAUGUAACCUCUUCUAAAUUUUGUCUUUGCCCUCUGUACUUUGGUGAAGUUUGGAAAAGGUUUAUGCACAGAGACAAGAGAACUGCAGGAGCAGUGUAGUGUUACAGGGUGGGUAAAGAACAUGAUUGCGUGUUCGAACCUUGGCACAUAUUAGAAAACAUGGGUGACUCUAAAUAAGUUAAUGGAUUAUUUUGUGUUAAUGCUGUCUGUACCUGUAUCCAGUUCGAAAGGAUAAUAUGGAGUUCCUCCUCCUCUCCAGUGCGCUGGACAUAGAGAUAAAUCAGACUGAGGUGCAACAAUGACAGGCUUUAUUUGCCACCAGAACAUCUAAUUACAAGGCAAACCUAUGUGCAUGCAUUGCUGCUUAUAUUAAAUAGAGAUCCAGUAGCUAAGUGCUUACAUCUCCAUGCUGUAAUCCUGGUUGAGAGUCUGCCUAUUGAGGAAGGAGCUUCUUACAAGGUCUGGCAUGGGAAGUGGAGUCCAGAGGGAGGAAGGGCACAAUUCUGCUUGUUGUAUUGAAGGACAGUUCUUCGACAUGCUCACUGUGUCAGAUUUCAGAAGUCUUUUUCUUCUGGAAAAUCGCAUAUUUAAAGCCACCAUGUGUAAAGAAAUUAUAGUAAAGGUGUACUGAUGUAGGUUUUGGUCUAACCCAAGCGUGGGCAAAUUUCAGCCCUCCAGGUGUUUUGGACUUCCAACUCCCACAAUUCUGUUCAAAACUUCUGGAGGGCUGAAGUUUGCCCAUGCCAGGUCUAACCUGCUUGCUAAAUACAGACAUGAUAUAAACUCAUAGUGGCAAAAGGUUUGCGCUUAAAGUCCUCCAUUUUAACUUUUCUAAAUUUAGCACUUGUUUUUUCUCAAAGUUAUCUUUCCCCCUUCUACAAUCCGUGAUUGAAGUUGAGAUACUGUAUUUUCUGAAGUUGCUAGUUUGUAAAGUGAAAAAUAAAAAAUAUUGAGGAAGUUUUGAAAAAAAAUAGCAAUACUAAAUACUAAUUUUUAAUUGAUCUAGAUGAUUUCCAAUGUUUAUAAACUAAAAAGAAGGAUGGCAAAAGUCUAAAUUGUAACCUGUUUUUCCACAGAAGACUUUUUGCAUAAACUCUUACAUUUCAAUCAAAUUCAUGUAAUUUUAGUUAACAGAUAAGGAAAUGUAAAAGUCAUUUUUGCUUUAUAAUAAUGUUAUGCUGCACUCAUGGACUAUAACAGAUAUUUAAUUAGAACUGUCUUCAGAGGACUAAAAGGGAAAAAAUUGAAACUCUUUAAACUCAGGUUUUUAAAAACUAAUCUAUAAAGCCAUAAUAGUUUGUUGAUAAAUGCGAAUCUUGCAGUGCUGUUAAGGAAACUCAUGUUUCAACAGUAGUAGCAUGGAUAGAAAGAUAGCAGUUUACUAUAAUAAAUAUUAUUCACUAAGGAACAAUUUUACUUUUACUUUCUCUAAAUUAAGCAAGUUUAAGUGUUAGGAUAUAGUUUAGGAUAUGUUAAAGCAAUACCCUCAUCUGCUGUUAGAAAUGGUGGGAGUUGAAGUCCAAAACACCUGGAGGGCUGAAGUUUGCCCAUGCCUGAUCUAGAGUUUUAAUUUAUUGGGCCUUACUAUCCAAAAAAAGGAGAUCCUUAGCCCCUUGAUCAAUAAGCAGGAAGAAAUGGUACAAUAAAACCCAGGUCACUUUCAUCUUCAACUUUUAAUUCGUUGUUUCAAAAAUCUGCUAAAUAGGGGAAUAUGCUCAGGAAUAUUUUAACUUUGUUGGUUCUGAAGUAGAAACAUUUGCUAUGACAAAUUAUCUUAGAGUACACUUUUUAAAACUAGAGAAUAAUUAAGAGCAGACUGCUGUACUAUGCUGUGAAUCUUGUUUUAAUAGUGUUGAGUUGGAAAUGAGAUUUAGUUUUGAUUUUUAGAAAUCUCCACUGCCAAUUACCUGAUUCUCCAGCGUUGUAUGAGUAUUUUGACAGACCGCUGUGGGUGUAUAAACAAUACCAGGCCUCGGGAUGUAUUCUUUAACAAUAAUAAAGUUACAUUUAUUUUUAAAUAUAUUCCUUUUGAACUCUAGUAUGGGAAAGUGGUUGAAUUUACUGGAAAUUUCAAUCAUUUUAAAAAUGAAAUAGGACAAUCAGAUCAGUAUAGUUGCUCACAAGUUCUUCUCUGACUGUGUGAUAUUUUUCUAUAUGGCCCCAGAAAAUAAGAGCAAUUGCUCUUAACGGGGCUUUUAACUUGGACCAUUAUUGGAUAUAUUUGUUUUGCUUUUAUGGGAAAUUUUAAUUCUUGAUUUUCUCAAAGUCUUUGAAUCAAACAAUCUUACUAUACUAAUUCUCAUUAUUGUAACUCAAUAUUGUCUCUAGAACUAAAAGUAUAACUCAAGAAGUAUUGACAGAGAAUUAGGAAGAAUUCUUGGCAUUAGUUCUAUAAACCACACAGUAAAGACAGAUAAUCAUUUCCUAUGUUCACAUUAGAAAAACUUGCCUCAGUAUUAAGAUCUAUUUUUUCUCUUAUAAGAAAUACUUUAUGGUCUCCUCCCUGUAAUGAAGAGACCAUAACCAACCUUCUGUUUUUCAGACACAGAAGCAUCCAUGUCUUUACCAAAACCUUGAUAGUGUAAUUUCUCCAUAGUGAAUGACCUAAAGGUUUGUGUAUAUGUUACUCAUCACUUAGACACUCCUUGGAAUUCUGGAAAUACGGAAUUUAUCACAUAAUUGUGACAAUUUGUAUCACUAGCUGCUGUAUACUACAGGCAUGAUAUCUUAAGUGAUCUUUAUAUGAGCUGGAGACAUGUAACCAACCUCUGCAACAGGACACUUUAUUCUGUAAGUCAGAAAUCAGAAGAUGUAAUGUUCCAUGAAGUAACUAGCUAUUUUUAGAUCCUGCUUUAAUGUUAUGAUUUUGGGAAGAGGAUGCUGGAUUGUUAUUUUAUGAUUUGGGGAUAAUUUUAAUUUUUAAGGCUACACAUUAUAUAUGCAAUUUGUCUGGUGAGUUAGUGUGAAAGUGUGGUUGUAUUCCAUAUAAAGGCAGAAAUCAGACACAAAAUUUGCAUAUACUUUUAUGUUGAGACUGUUGCAAUUAGAAAUAAAACAACUUUGAUCAAAGUUGUAAAUUGUUACUUUGUAGUAUCAUACAUUUUAUAAAUAGAUACCUGUUAUUUUUAUGGGAAUUUUAUAUAAGAACCUGUUUUAUGUAUAUUUAAAAUGAUCCAGUAUUUUAUUAAAAUCCUACAAGCGAGGAUUGUGCAGAAUAAAGCAAGUAUUUGCAUUUGAUUGAAUCAAAAAAGCAUGCAUACUCUCAAGAAAAAAUAAUAUCCAGCUGUUUGUGACCUGAAAAGUAAAGCUAAACUGUAGAACAGAAUAAAAUCCUUUCAAGGCGACUGGGGUUACUUUUGUUUUCAAGCAAAAUACUGUGGCAGAGGAAAGCUGUCAAAGGUUAGUGUUCAUUGCAUGUGUUCUCCAUUUCAGAAAAUGUAUCUUAGAGAGUAAACUGCAGGGGAAACAGGGUCAAGUCAAGCUGAUGUUUUCAAAAUAAAUAUAAAACAUGACUAAUUUCAGCGCUUGGUAGGGUCUAGCACAAUAUCCAGUUGAUUUUCUUGUUUCUUAACUACACUGUGUGUUUCUUCCCUGUCCUCCUGCAGACCAUUUUACAUAUUCCUGGCAAUUCAAAUACUGGAAAUUGCAUUUUUUUUACAGCAUAGUCAUAAUGUUGUUUACUUGGAAGCUGAGUCCCACAGAGAUCAAUGGGAUUUGCUCCCAAAAUGAAUGUGCAUGGAAUUUCAGCCAACAUAACCUUAUCAAUUAGGAAAUUAUCCAAUUAUAUCUUAAGCAAAGUUAGUAAUGAUUGUGUGUGUGCCUUCAAAUCAUUUGUCAUGUCACCCCAUGAAUUUCAUAGGAUUUUUCUUAGGCAAGGAAUACUCAGAGGUGCCUUUGCUCUUAAUUACAAAUAAAUCCAUUAAUUAUAGUUCGUUACCUUUGGUGAGAAAGGAGAAACAAAGUUACAUUUCAAAAAUAAUGUAAGUAGGAGUACUUUGUUGUUAUAAAGUAAGGUGUUUAUUGCAACAUGUUGAUUUUCCUUUUGUAAGCUUUGCUGUUUUGAGAACAGCAUGAAUGUGUAACUUGCAUCUCAGAGGUUUUUGCAUCUUAUGCUAAAAUGUACUAAAAUGGCUGCAGAUCUGAAUCUUUUAUCUGCCUCAUGCAUACUGAUAGGAUGGUGUUAUCUUUAUUUUUAAAACAAUGGUUUGGAAACAAUAACAGAUAUGACAGCAUGGUUUUGUUGUCUUGUUCUCCUUAACUUUGUGAACUUUGCUUUCGAUGUGCUAAUGCAUCAUAUUGCUUUUAUCAGUGAAGUAGAAUGCAGCCAGAUGAGUAGACAGACAUCAACAAACUUGGUAUUUAAAAGGCAAGCAACUGAGUCCUGCCCAGUAUCUUGAUCCGCAGCAGGCAAGAAAAAAAGAGUACGUCCUUGGAAAUAAGAUGUAGUUUUCCCUUCAGCCUCUUCUUGUCUUGCUGCAGCUCUCAGCCUCAAAGGAAGGCAAAGUCAACCCCCUUCUGGGCAAACCUUGCCAAGAAAAACCUGUCAUAGGGUUGCCUUAGGGUCCUCCAUAAGUCAGAGAUGACAUGAAUGCAUACAACAACAACAAAACAGCAUUCUACAGGAAGCUGAAAAUAUAGAAAUAAAUACAGGAUAUAGUCCAUUCUUCCUUCUCAUAUGCAUUUGUUUAGACUUUUCUCAAAACUGUAGUUGUCUCAUUGGCAGUUUGAGUAAGGAGCCCCCGGUGGCUCAAUGGGUUACACUGCUGAGCUGCUGAACUUGCUGAACGAAAGGGGAGCAGGGUGAGUUCCCACUGUUAGCUCCAACUUCUGCCAAUCUAGCAGUUUGAAAACAUGCAAAUGUAAGUAGAUAAAUAGGUACUGCUCUGGUAGGAAGGUAACGGCACUCCAUGCAGUCAUGCUGGCCACAUGACCUUGGAGGUGUCUACGGACAACGCUGGCACUUCGGCUUAGAAAUGGAGAUAAGCACUAACCCCCUGAGUCGGACAUGACUAGACUUAAUGUCAAGGGGAAACCUUUACCUUUACCCUAAUUAGGAUUUCCCACAGUAGGAAUAUUGGCUUGCUUCAUUGACCAUCUGAUGUUGUAGUACAAGAAGAGCUCAGAGGAAGUUUAUGUAGAAAAAAAACUGAUUUAAUCCUAUGGAUUGAAUAGGCCUUGGUCUUUGUCUGAUCUUGAUUAGAUGGCUAGAAGGAUGUACCAGAGCUGUGAUGAAAGGUUCCUUUUCAUGAGAAGCCUGAGAGUCUUAAUCUUGACCGACAAAUUAGUAACUCUCUUUAUGCAAAGUAUUUGUCCAAAGACACUGUGUUCUCUAUUCAUUUUUAGUAAUAGAGGCAAUAUAACAUAUUUGUUUUGUUGAUAUUAUUACUAGUUAGAGGAGUAGAGAUGAGUUUUGUCAUUCAAAGAAAAGUGAAGAUCGGAAAAAGUCAAAACAGGAAAAAUGGCAUUAUUCAUUAAACUCUGCUUCAACCCUACAUGUUGGAUAAAGAGCCAUGUUUGAACAAUGUCUUCUUUGUAAGUAUUGUUGAAGCCAGGCACUGGGAAAGGCUGUGUUAAUUAAAAAUACCAGUGUUUGUUCAACCGCCGAAAUACUGAGCAUGAUAUGUGUAGGUUGUUCCUCAGGACAUGCUCUAACUCCCAUGCUCUAACUUGUGAAACAUUCCUUUAAUUCUUGUGUUGUAAAGAAAGUUAUUUGCCUAUUCCUGCUUAGACUUCUACGAUACAUUUGUUUUAUUAGGUUACUUCUCUACAUAGGUUAGAUUUACAGAUUUUAUAAGCAACCCUUUUCCUCCUCUCCUGCCUGCCUGGGAUUCUUUAAUAAGUUGCUCUUGUUUUUUUCGCCCAUUAUUUUGUUCUCUUGUGUGUAGACUCACUGAACAAGAACACAGUUCAAGUGACCUUGAAAAUCUUUGCCAAACUCUCAGAAGCAUCCCAAAUGAAUUAUAGUAAUCACUAAUUCUUCAUAUAUCCCAUAUCACAUGAUCUCAAGGCAGGUCCUGAAUUCAGAACAGAAGCAUGUUGGCAGCCAAUGCAGUUGCUUUAUGACCGUUGUUCUAGGCUGAACUAUCUUCAAGAGCAGUCUUUGGAGUGCUUUACAAUAGUCUUAUCAAGAAAUUAUUGUUGCAAGUACUAAAAGUACUUAGUUGUCCAUAUCCAGGAAAGGCUAUUGCUGUAAACAAGUUGAGGUGGCAGACCUGGGCUUCCAAGGCCAAAGAUGGAUCCAGACGUACUCCCAGGCCAAAUGCCUGCUGUCUCUAUCUAUAGUCCAACAGCAUCCAAAACGGCAAUGUCUUCUGCACUGUGGCUAUAAUGGCAAUGGGUUUGUAAUCUAUCUGUUUCAAAGCACAACUGAAUGUGCUGGUUAUGAUCAAAACAGCUUUUAUAAAGCCAGAGUCCAGCAAUAAUAAGUUAUUUUUGUGUAACUAAAUGCAUUCUGAUCCAGAAAUAGUGCAUGGCUUCUGGGAACAAAUUAGUUGUAUUUCCUUGCCUUAAGGAAUGGCAAAGAUAUCUUGCCAAGCAAUACUAUACCAGCUUUGCUUUUAAAAGCUUUCCUUCUACAUUUUGCUGGGUUUUUAAGUGAAUAUUUCAAGCAGCAAACACAUAUACCAGAUAGCCCUAAAAAUCAGUUAUCCUAUUCAGAUUACAAUCCAAGAAAGUGAAGGCACAGGAUAUGAGUCAGAAGAUCUAGUUCUAACUAUUUCUGUUUUUGAAAUCUUUUGCCACUUAUUUUGAAUACCACCACUCAACAAUACAUAGGCACAGGCAGGUUGGGACAGUUAUCAUAGCCUCUAGCAUGGGCAAGAUAAUUAUAUGUGAAUAAGUAGGUACCGUAAAGGUGUGUAUUUCCUGGAACGUUCUGAAGUCAGUACCAGUGUAAGACUUGCUUUAAGCCCUGAUGCCAGAGAACAAUGCCCCAACCUGUAGACAUAGUUUUGGCUUGUAGUACUCUACAAUUACUCAAGUAUACUCUAAUUAAGAAGUCAAAAUUAUUGCAUUGAGAGAGAGGGAGAGGUAUUUAUUACAGUAAUCAUACAGAAACUGUGUUAAUUUUUUGUUAUAAGAAAAUGUACUGCUAAAAGUGCAUAUUGUUUUCGUAAAUACAUAUCAUUUUCAUCCUUCCUGUCUAAAUAAAAACAUGCAACAAUCAAA